AUGGCCUUGUAUGGCCAGAGGAAAUUGCGAUUGUACCCCAUGAGACACCACCCUCUGGGCUCCCAGACCACCACCAAUCCCCGAAUGUGGCUUGUUGUUCCUCGAAGCAAAGGAAAGUUUUUGUCUCCUGGAGGAGUGCGUGUGCUGAGAGGGGUGGGAGACAUCGCCGACCGCCUCAUCAUUGGUUCCUCUGCUUGCCUUCACUUUCCGUGUCCUGCAACAUUUCUCCCUCGCUCUUCACCUCACCCGAGUAUCCGACGACAGAGUCCGUCCCGCACGGCUCCCCUCUCGCGAAAAAUGGAGUGGGGCGUCCCUUCAACAUUUCUGUACGAGAUCUCUAACCUGACAGUGGUCAGCAAUGCAAGUGCGGCUUUGAUGGGAUCCAUCGCCUGGGCAGGGAGCGUCCAUACUCCACAUCUCCUCUGGGAGGUCAUAUCUCAGCUCGCAAGCAACAGCUCCAUCACCAUCACCCGCACAGCCGGCUCACCUCACACCCCUGCUCCUGGCCCUCAGAGCCCGAUCCCGUCUCACCAGACCUACUUGCCACACAGUUCGCCCAUGGGGGUUCCUCCUCGCAGUGAGGACCUGACCCGUUUGAUGCAGAGCUUCAAAGAGUCCCACUCCCAUGAGUCUUUGCUGUCUCCCAGCAGCGCUGCCGAGGCGCUGGACCUCGCUCUGGACGAGGACGCCGUUAUCAAACCUGUCCACUCGAGCAUCCUGGACAAGAGUAAUGCUUUGAGGUGCUGCAGAGAGAGGACAAAUGGACUCGAGAACCUGCAGAGAGCUGUCAAGCCCAACAAGGACAACAGUCGGAGGGUGGACAAUGUGCUCAAACUGUGGAUCAUCGAGGCCCGCGAGCUUCCAGCCAAGAAACGCUACUACUGCGAACUUUGUCUGGACGACAUGCUGUACGCGCGCACCACCAGCAAACCCCGCACAGAUACCGUUUUCUGGGGCGAGCACUUUGAAUUCAACAACCUGCCAGCUGUCCGCAACCUCCGCCUUCAUCUAUACAAGGAGACAGACAAGAAGAGACGCAAGGAAAAGAGCACAUACUUAGGACUUGUAAGCAUCCCCAUCUCAAGCAUUACUGGACGUCAGUUUGUGGAGCAGUGGUACCCGGUCAUCCAGCCCAGUGUCCUCACCAAGGGAGCUGGUGGCGGAGGGGGGAAGAUCAUCAACGCAUCCCUACGCCUCAAAUCACGCUUCCAGACCAUGAACAUCCUGCCCAUGGAGCUGUACAAGGAGUUCGCAGAGUAUGUCACCAACAACUACCGCACCCUGUGUGCUGUGCUGGAGCCCGUGCUGAGUGUCAAGAGCAAAGAGGAAGUGGCCUGUGCAUUAGUGCAUAUACUGCAGAGCACAGGAAAAGCUAAGGACUUUCUGUCAGACAUGGCGAUGUGCGAGGUUGACAGAUUCAUCGACCGAGAACACCUUAUCUUCAGAGAGAACACUCUGGCCACCAAAGCCAUAGAAGAGUACCUCAAACUGAUUGGACAUAAGUACCUCAAGGAUGCUAUAGGGGAGUUCAUAAGGGCCUUGUAUGAGUCAGAGGAAAAUUGCGAAGUGGACCCCAUGAGAACACCACCCUCUGUGCUCCCAGACCACCAAGCCAAUCUCCGAAUGUGCUGUGAACUAGCACUCUGCAAAAUUGUUAACUCCCAUUGUGUUUUCCCUCGAGAGCUAAAGGAAGUUUUUGCCUCCUGGAGAGUGCGUUGUGCUGAGAGAGGUCGGGAAGACAUCGCCGACCGCCUCAUCAGUGGUUCCCUCUUCUUGCGCUUCCUGUGUCCUGCAAUCAUGUCUCCAUCGCUCUUCAACCUCACCCAGGAGUAUCCCGACGAGCAGACGUCCCGCACGCUCACCCUCAUCGCGAAAGUAGUGCAAAACCUGGCUAACUUCUCCAAGUUUGGCAAUAAAGAGGAGUACAUGUGUUUCAUGAAUGAGUUUUUAGAGAUGGAGUGGGGCUCCAUGCAACAGUUUCUGUACGAGAUCUCUAACCUGGACAGUGUCAGCAAUGCAGGCGGCUUUGAGGGAUACAUCGACCUGGGCAGGGAGCUGUCCAUACUCCACAGUCUCCUCUGGGAGGUCAUAUCUCAGCUCAGCAAGGAUGCCAUCAUCAAACUGGGUCCUUUGCCACGCCUCCUCAAUGACAUCAGUAUGGCCUUGCGUAACCCACACCUCCAGAGGCAGCCCAGCCAUCAGACAGACAGGGUGCAAGAGAGGCAGACAGACAGGCUGCUGUCACGGCCGAGCUUCAACAGAGGCAUCUCAUCCGAGUUCCAAAAUCUCAUGAUGAGGGAUCUUAAUAGCUCUAUAGAUAUCACUCACUUGCCUUCACCCACCUCGACCGGAGGGGUCUUGCCAUCCCGCCCCCAGAUGAAUUUUCAGGACCGUGACCACCUCCACCGAGCGUCCUCCAAAGACAUGUUUUACGUAUCACGUCCUCCCUUGGCCCGAUCCAGCCCGGCCUACUGCACAAGCAGCUCGGACAUCACAGAACCAGACCCUAAGGAUUCCCGAAUGAACAGCGUGUCUAACCAGCAGUCGGUGGACAUGCUCAACUCCUCCCAGGCCUCCAUCGCCGGCAUGGGCAGCUUCGGAGGGCUGAGCAGCGGAGGCGGUGGCGGCCUGGGAUCGGGCCUGAGCAGCCAGCUGCGGGCCGGUGGGAGGUUGUCAGCUGGCUCUGGCGGCUCCAGCAUGUCCGGCGGCCUUCGGCUGAGCCAGCUGAGCCAGAUGGGCAACACCACCGACUCGCUAUCCCAGCAGCAGCAACAGCAGGCCGCCGCCAUGCGCUACCCGCUUUCCUUCCAGAAUCCCCUCUUUCACCUGGCGACUGCUGAUGGGCCUCAACAGCAACAGCUCCAUCACCAGCACAGCCGGGCUCAACCUCCAGCACCCCUGCUCCUGGCCCCAGAGCCCGAUCCCUCUCACCAGACCUACUUGCCACAGUUCGCCCAUGGGGGGUUCUCUCGCAGUGAGGACCUGUCCACCCUCAGGACCAGGGACGGUCACCUGGGCCAACCCAGCAUCAUCCACUCACACAGCUACAGUGACGACUACAGCAGGGCUGAAUAUGGACGCAGGCAGAUGUCCACGCAUGUGCAGGAUAACCUUCAACAGCAACAACAAAUGAUGGGUUUGACCUCCCAGACAGGGACCUCCCACUCCUCACUGGCCACCACGCCCCCCUCCACAGUCUUACCUGUGCGGCAGAGUUCUGUUGCCCCGCCUCCCACCCAGCGCGUCAGGUCCCAGACCUCCCAUCAGCUGUCCGUCAGUGCAGCUGCUGCACCUGCUGCUCUGGCUAAAACACGACCACCCAGCGGGAAUCUCCUCCAGUCACCAGAGUCCGGUUACGCCGGCAGGCAGCACGGGUCCCGGCAGCUGUCCGUCAAAGACAACACUGCCCCGGGCCUGCCCCACCAGCAGAGCUCUGUCAGGGAAAGCCAGAGUCCACAGGGAACCACCAGUCAGAGCACUCAACAGUCACCACAGCAACAGCCUCAGCAGCAGCACCUGCUCAAACCCACCAUGAGCAAACAGGGCUCCCAGACUCCGUCUACUCUCAAUCCCCCAACCCCAGCCAAUGAACGAACAGUGGCCUGGGUCUCCAACAUGCCUCAUCUGUCGGCUGACAUUGAAAGUUCGCGGAUUGACCGUGAAGAGUUCAAACUGAAGGAGUACUCAAAGAGCAUGGAUGAGUCACGCAUGGACAGGGUAAAAGAGUACGAGGAGGAGAUCAACUCCCUGAAGGGUCGCCUGAUGAUGUCCCACCAGAAGCUGGAGGAGUACGAGCGGAGGCUCCUCACGCAGGAGCAGCAGACCAAUAAGAUCCUCCUACAGUACCAGAAUCGACUUGACGACAGUGAGAGGAAGCUACGGCUACAGCAAGUGGAGAAAGACUCCCAAAUUAAAGGAAUAAUUAGCAGACUUAUGGCUGUGGAGGAUGAGUUAAGGGGAGGACCCGUGAUUGAGCCAAAAACCAGGAUUUUCGCUGAUCAGGGGAGGCGUCAGUCCAUCCUAGUGCAGCCCCGUCUCGCGCCUGUCCCACCCCGAGUAACCAGCCACUCUCAAAGCUUCAUGGAGGACAAUGUGGAACGUAAAUGGCUGAUGCACCAUCGGCAGUCCGCAGGGUGGCAUAGCCAAAUGUCCAGAGCCCUCUCUCGUGACGCGAUUGGCUGACAAAGGGAGAACUUGGGGCAUUGGUCCCAUUCUCUUUGCUCAAAGGAUGGUGCAGAGCCCCAGCGGACCAUGUAAGGAAAUGCUGGGUGUUUUUGAUUUUUUUGUUUUUUUUUACUUUACUUGGGCCCUCUCUCUCUGAUUUGAUAACAAUAUUUUUUUUUUUUAUGUGUUUGACGCCUCGUGGUUGGAUCUACAAUUUACUUUUAAAAGGUAGGCUGGACACAUGUUGACGUUUGUUAGCCUACCGAGCAUGCAAAGAACAGCUAUGCAGUCUGAUCAAUCAGCAGAACGGAGGAACACAAAGGCCAAGGAAGGCGUGAUGCCCAGAAUGAGAGAGAGGGGAGGUGUAUUGUGGGUAAAAUGUAUUUCAAAGGUGCUUGACUUCUCUUAAAAUUUCAGUCAAAGCUGAUUUACUGUCAGAGCAUUUAUUUCUCUCAAUCUCUCUCUCUCUCUUAUAGUCUUUUCAAAUUACCCUUUGACUCCUCUUCAUCUACUCACUCUUUAUCUAUCUAGGAUUAUCAAAGCAUUAUUUAACCAAUUCAUUUUUACUCCAAUUUAGACACACUCGGUCUCUUUCUCGAUUCAUAGUUUUAGCUCUUCCGUUCGAAUCUCUUUCAGACUUUGAUUUUAAAGGAAACUAAAUAUGCACAGCCUAAUACAACAAAUGAAACUGCUUCAGAACAAAACUCUUGCUUCAAUGAAGACUUCUAAAAACCGGACAGAAUGUUAUUAUUUAUAUUUCUAUGAUACUGCUUAUUCUUACAAUAGUAUUUAAAGAAAUCUCUUCAUCAGAAAUCUUCCGGAGCAGAUAUUUAUUUCUUGAUAUAGAUAGAUGCCUCUAUCUAAUGGAAGUUCAUAAAUAAUCCAUUUUAUAUGAACCAAGUUUUCUUACUAAGACAAUCUUGUGGAGAGAAUCAUUGCCCUAAAGGACUGUGACGAAAGGGACAAACUUGUGUUUUACCUACUCCCCUUACAGCAGUUUGCACGUUGCUGUGACCUGUGCCCCCCCCCCCCCCCCCCCCCCCCCCCCCCCCCCUUCCUGUUGGUUAUAAUCAUUCAAAACAAAAAAACAAAAAAAGUGGACGGAUGUUUCUCGCCCAACAAUCGCCAUGGAGCUCUCCAUUUACGGACGAUGUGAAAGUCUUUGGAUGAGGACAUUCUUAUUGUUUUUUCCCCGCUUUCGACUAUCCGUCUGUAGGGUUUCAACCGAGCAGAGGAUGAACUCUUUGGUUUCAGUUUGGCCACAUUUCUGCAGUCAACUUGCUGUAAAACUCCCCAUUCAUUUCAAUGGAUGGACCCCACUGACACCAGUCUGAGUUGAAAUCCCUGCCAUUUCCACUUAUGACUGAAGCGACGACAGAGAGAGAUAUGUUAGAGGUCCUGCUGAAACGAGUGAAUGUGUUUGUAUAUAAGUGUGUGUACUGGCUAAAUCUUUGUGUAUAUACUGGAUAAAUGUGUAUAUAUGGUAUGUCUAUGUGUAUAUACAGGUUGUUUGUAUAUGCAGAGUGUACAGUUAUUUUUCCUCUAAUGUUUCUCUCUCUUUCUAUGAAUAGGUCUUCUCAAGUUACCAAUACUGAGGCAUGGAAAGGUUUUUAAAUGUACCGAGCUAUCUGACGCACUUUGUGCACAGACUUAGAAUAUCAGCAAGGUCUGCAUUCUUAGAGCUCUCACACAAGAAGUAACUCACAUACUCUUAAGCUUGCACUCAUUUUCUGACCAACUCAAAAGCUUUUCUAAGUAGAUUUGAGUGACCAAGCAAUGUUUGUACAUAUAUAGACUAAGACAAUUUUUCCAGAAACCUCCAUCUGCAUUUCUUUGAAAAUUCUCGACCUGUUUUGAGUUCUUGCGUAUCUGACUUUCACUUUAGGUUCCUAUGGUAUAUGUUUGCAACGGUUGUCAUUCAGAGUUAUAUAUUUAUUCCGACAACCCUUAUAUAUUUCUUGAAAUUUUGUUCCCCAAAGUCUGCCUCUCAUGGAGCCUUCUAACCUUUUGUUAAGAUUCGGUUAGACUGGCGAAUCAUUCCAUGAAAGUAUACUGUCAUUACUUAACAUUGCUUGUUUUUGUAUAGGUCCUAACUAAAUAAGUGUGCCUCCCCCCCCCCCUUUUACUCUUACUAACCUUAGAUCCAUUAACUCCUCUGGUCACUCAUCUUCAUACCCCUUGACAAGCCAUAGCCCCCCCCCUCCCCAAAACUCCUCUAUUGUUGUUUUGACAGGACAGACAUUUGGGGAUUUUGUGUAUAUUAAUGGAAGAGUGGUGUUGAAGAGUGUAUUGCAGUCGUAUAUGGAUUUGUUAUGAAUGUGGAUAUUCUGAUCAUUGAAUUAUUAUUGUAAUAAUGAUAAUAAUUAUUGCCACUUUGAUUUUGUUGAUUAAUUCCUUUGAUGCGGUUGAUGAAGAUGCCAUUGUUCCCUUUUUUUUUUUUUUUUUUGGAAUACACCGGAAUUUAUAUUUUUCGGGUGGGUGAAUCUGGAGAUAGAAAUACGUAAAUAAAUAAAUAAACAAAUAAACAAAUAAUUAAAUUCUUAACCUGCUGUGGAAAUGUGUGUUCUGUUUCAUAAUGCACUAACUUGGGAUUUUUCUCAAUUUCUCAAAGCAAGCAUCCGUUAUAUAUUCAAGCUGGUGAUGGUCUAUAUUUUUGUUAUUGUCAGCAAAUCACAAGAACACCAAUUUUGUCCAAAAACUAUUAAAAACACAUCAAUAAGCCACACUGUU